AUGGAGACCCAGAAAAAUCAAACCGAGAUCCCACCGAAACCGGUUAUGACUUCAUGUAGGAAGAAAGUAAAGGAUGAUGCCACAUUCUUUGAGGACGUGAGAGAUCACAUCGAUGAGUUCAUACAUGCCUCUAUGGAUGAACACAAGACUUGUUUCCAAAAGACCAUCACCAAGAUGUUUGGAUUAUCCAAGGCCGUGGCAGAGAAGCAAGCCGAGGAAGCCAAGGGAGUCGAGAGUCAUUUGCCUCUCCAAACAACAGUGUCGGAUUAA